CUCCUUUCCUCCUUCACGUCCUUCACCUCCUCCCUCUUCCUCUUCCUCCUUCUCUUUCUUCUUCUCCUCCGCCCCCUCGCGAACGCACCAAAUGUUCGCGCCGCAUGCUCCGAGUGCUCGCAGCAAUACCGCCGCUCGUUUUCGCCGUCGCCGUCGUGCUGUCUGACGGCGCGUCCGCCGUCGUUCGAGGAACGAUCAUCGCGUUCCGAUACGGUGGAUGACUCCAGCAGCGAUCGGUUCUAAUCCGUAAAAGAGACGAAGAGGAAAGAGCUGCGUGAGAACAGGCGAAGAGAGGUGCAAGGACCACUGACGAGGAGAGAGAGGGAGGGAGAGGGAGAGAGAGAGAAAAAGAGAAACAAUUUCUCGCGAAUAUCUCCGCCGCCGAUUUCUCGCGCGCGCGUUUUCCCCUCGGGUUUCUCCUCUCCUCUCUUCUCUUUCUCCGGCCGUCCGUCGCGCCGGGGCCAUUUUGCCGAAAUGAAAAUAACACCGCGAGCCGCGCUCUCCGCGCCGGUCCUGCUCGCGAUCGUUCUUCUCGUGGUGUGCGAUUGUGCCCGCACGGCAUACGCGAGAUCGGCGCUUCGCGUGCGCUCCGCCGGCAACGACACCGAUUUCUUCGUCGCCGUCAACGUCGCGGACUGCGACCGGGUCAGGCCGUUCUUCGACGGCAAGAAUAUCAGCCUGCUGCCGGCCGAUGGAACCGCGAGGGAUCCCUCCACGACAGUAUGCGGUGGCAAGUGCUGCGGCGAGGAAAUGGAGAAGCGAUUGAAGCAACAAGCCCGGACGGAUUUUCACAAUCUGAUUCAUCAUCACAGUAGGACCCUGCAGGGUCUCCUCGUCACUACCGCCGACUCUCUCAGAGAUUCGGUGACCAAUCUGGCGCGACAGUCGGAGAAUAAGACUCUGAUCAUGUUCCAAAAGGCAUACAGUUCGAUGGAGGAGCCGAGUAGGCCGAUCGUCAAAGCGCUUUAUCAGAUGAUGGUGGAUUACGUGUCGCCCACCAACACGCCAGACAACCUGCAGCAACCUCUAAGCCGAGAGAUGCUGCAGGAACACAUAUUCGACUUCUUCACGCGCUUGUUCCCGAUCGCCUACCUCAAACUCAUCAAUCCGCAGCAACAUCAACAGGACCAGCAAGAAUUCACGAACAAGUUCAAAGCUUGCCUGCACGAGGCGAUGGCCGACAUACAACCGUUCCUCGAUAUACCUCAGGAUAUUUCGCUCGCGGUCAGCAAGAGUCUGGAGGCCACCAGGGUGCUGGUGCAGGCACUCACGCUCGGCAAGACCGUGCUCGAGAAGACUGACAGCGUGCUCUUCGGUCCUGGCACCCGCAGCCCUCAGCAAGAGGCCUGCAACGCCGCCAUGCUCAGGAUGACCUACUGUCCCAGGUGCAAAGGCUUCGGCAACGCCGUCAUGCCCUGCAACGGAUUCUGCAUCAACGUUAUGAGGGGCUGCCUGACCGAGCCGGCGUCCGAACUGGAUCUCGCGUGGUCCGGUUACGUGGAGACGGUCGAGAGGCUCGUCGUGGCAGUGGACGGUCAUAACGAUCCCCUGGGCCUGAAUGCUGUGAACGCCGUCAAACAGUUGGGCACCCGCAUUUCGGAUGCCAUUUUGCGCUCGUUGGAGAAUGGGCCCAGGCUCGUGGAAAAGGUGAGGACAGCGUGUGGCCGUUCGGAGCUGCUGCCAUCGGGCGAAGAAAAGAGCCCGGAGUCGGGCUCGGAUGCAGCUGCGGCCGCGGCUGCGGCCGCGAAAUCGUCCCCAGGCGGCAAGACGUACGCAGCUGCGUCGCCGUCGUCGCCGUCGUCGCCAUCGUCUCACGACGGCGGCAGCCUUGCGCACCGCGGCGAUGUCUUCGCGCACCGCGGCGAAGGCAACGGCCAGGACCAAAAGUUGUACAUGCAGCUGGGUAACUUCCUGGCGAGUAUCGUCAGGUCCCGCAUCUUCUACGGCACAUUGGCGGACUCGAUAUGCGAGGACUAUCCCGAGAAGCACUGCUGGAAUGGUGAACGCGUCGGAGAGUACUCGAAAACCGUAGUGGAUUCCAGCCAGACCGCUCAACGGUACAAUCCUGAAUUCACCAUAACGACGAUGUCGUCGACGCCGGCUUCCUACGGCAACACGAACAUCAGCGCGCUCAUUGACCAAUUGAGGCACAUUAAUCAGAUGGUACAGUCUCAGUUGGCGUCGUCACCCGAUGCCGGUGCCUUCCUGGGAGACGAGGCUCUAGACGGCUCCGGAAGCGGAGACACGCCGUAUUGGAGACCGCACGCCAACGGCGGGAUGGACGACGACGAGGACGGCGAUGAUCACGACGACGACGACGAGGCGUCCGGCUCAGGAAUGGGUCCCACUACGACAGAUUCAUCGGUGAAAACUCAUCAGAACGGAUCGGCCGAUGGCGGUUCGUCGACCAUCGUGCUGUCGUCCGUCGCUCUCGUGGUUGUCUGCGCAUCGCUUAUCGCUUAAAAUCGCCACGGCGGGACGAGGAAACAAGAUCGAUCGCUGACGGCCGACGUAGACGACGUAGAUACGAAGGAAAGUUAGACUAGAAAGAGAGAGAAUGUGUGUGUGUGUGUGUGUGUAUGUGUGUAAGAGAGAGAGAGAAAGAGAGAAAGAGAAAGAGAUCUUACAGAUCGCGAUGGAAGGUCGUUAGUAGAGCGAACGUGUCGGAAGGAUCCGUUUUACGCGGCGUCCCUUCGGGUGCGAACUUCGGAAGGUGCUUCUGCUGAACUUGGAGGACGCCGAAAUCGUAUAGAAUGCUGUUGAUAAUUUAUCGGUGGUGUUGAGCAGCGAAGCAAACUGUUCCUGCCGCAGUCCUGCUCGAAAGGACACGCGGCGGUUUCCAGUGAUAUAUCGAUGCGCGGAGAGAGAGAGAAAGUGUGUGUGUGUGUGUGUGUGUGUGUGUG